CUGUUACUAGUCCUGGCGACCUCGGACUCGGACUGAAAGAGAUCGAAGCAGCGAAGCUCACCAUUGCAUGCACUAGACUAAGACGGGGAGUGUUAUACCCAGAGGCAUUGAACCAAACCAGGCUGAUCUAAAGCAGCUACGGGAACCGCGUGCGUGUUCGGCUCCUGUGCCCAGGACGAUAUAAAGCGGCAGUCAACCCUCAAGCUCAGGGACCAUGAGGCUACUAGCCUUAGCUGCUAGCACUCCGUUGCCCCAUGCCAGUGUCGACCUAGACUAGGAGCGAAGUGACAAGGCAGAUCGAGCCCUGAGAUAGUUCCCUCUGUUCACAGUGUACCAUAACGUCUUAUGAGUGAAGAUGGCGACUGCCACGACCCUUUCACCUUCAAUAAUCACAUCAAACGCAGAGAGUACCAACCUCGAGGUGAAUCCACCCACAACCAACGAUGGCCCCUUCAACCCCAAGAAGCACCUCGCCUUCGCGCCACCUGCCAGGAUAUACACAAUGGCAGACAUCGGCCUCCCACCCGACGUGGGCGUCUCGCCAGUGGCCGUGUCCGAGCCGUUCCCGCUCUUCACGCGCGAAGCAGUGAUGCGGAUGCGCGAUGAGGCACUGGCCGGCCCAGUCCUAGAGAACUGCCAGUACUCGAGCAGCCUGGCCCAGUCCCAGCUCAGGGGCUACGCAGACAAAUACGCCCCCUUCAUCUACGCAGCCUGGAAGCACCCAACCACAGUAGAUAUCAUCUCCCGCGUGGCCGGCAUCGACCUGGCGGUACAGUUCGACUUGGAGAUUGGGCACAUCAACCUGUCUCGCAAACCCGACAACAACAACAACAACACUGUUGCCACUCCCAGCCAACAGCCCUCGUCCUGUUCCAGGGACAACGAACCCAUCGUCGGGUGGCACACGGACAGCUACCCAUUCGUGUGCGUCGUGAUGCUGAGCGAGUGCAGCGGCAUGGUCGGCGGCGAGACGGAGCUGCGCAUGGGAAGCCACGGCGGUGGCGGCGGCGGCGGCACCCUCAAAAUCCGAUCCCCGCAGAUGGGCCACGCAGUGGUCCUGCAGGGGCGGUACAUCACCCAUCGAGCGCUGCGCGCUUUGCCCCUGGCCUCCUUGCCCGGCGGCUCAGAUUCAGAAGAACCGGAGCGGAUAACCAUGGUAACGUCGUUCCGGCCGCGCGAUCCGCACGUGCGCGACGACACGGUGCUGACGACGGUGCGGCCCGUGUCGGACUUGGGCGAGCUGUACGCGCAGUUUGCGGCGUACCGGCUCGAAAUGCUCGCCGCACGCAUCCAGACACAGCUGGCCGAGCUGCGUAGUAGUACGGAUGCAACGGGGAAGGGGGAGAGGACGAGGAUGGGUGUGGAAGCGAGACGGCUGAAAGAGUUUCUGAGGGAGCAGAGGGAUUUUCUCGAGCGGACGGAGCGGGAGAUUGUGGAUGAGCAAGAGGUCGUCAAGGGCGUGGAUACGGACUCCGUGCGGUCGGAUCCUAGCAUUGAUUCCAUGUGA